GGCGCGACCACUGCGUAUACGUAUACGGUAUACGGUACUGACUGUGCUUAAUUACCGGUGGCAAGUUGUGAUGAUUCAACAAAGCAAGAUGUUUGUAGAUCUACGCUUCUAACGUUUAUUAUAGUUGAUAGAUUGUGGCACGAGAGUCGCAUCUGCAUUUAUUGACGAAGUUAUUGUUCUUCAGAUUUCGUCUGUCACAUAAUUGGUCAUGCAAGAGGAAGCUUAAUCAAUGAAUAAUCAUCAAAAAUUCAGAGCUGAAGCCUGAACUUAACUUAAGACAGUCUUUCGUUUCGUGAACACGGUGAAUGACAUUUCGUCAUGAAUGAAAUGUGUGAAAAAUAUUUACAUCGUCAUUGAACAGAGCAAGAAUCGAGUCAAGAGACGUUCAUUUAACAACAUUGAGAUUGAGUAAAGGCAGUCGGCGGUCUGACUUGAGUUUCUGAAGAACUUCAUUGAUUGUUAAGCAGCAGACAUCUGUUUCGUAAUUGAGCUGAAAGAAACUUUGGAGAAAUUGUGUAAUGUAACGUAUCUUGGCAAUGCCAUACACCACCAAUGUACAAUAGACGUCGACACCCUUCAACUGAAGAAAACAUCGGUGAGAGCAGCAGGUUUUCCGGUAGCAGUGGGUACCACCAGCGCAGCGGUUGGACGGUCACUACUCACAUUCCACCAGAGACUCUUUCCACGGCAGGAGGAGUAGAUACUGGCGAUAUGACUUGCCGAGAUCGCACCCAGGAGUUCCUCUCCACCAUCAAGUCCAUGCAGUCAAGACAAGGAAAUGGAGUGACAGCUAACAAACUGAAUGGAAAGCCACAACAAUACACAGAUUUCAUGAGAAUUGCCAAAAAAAUUGGCAAGGAUCUGAGCAAUACAUUCUCAAAACUUGAAAAAUUAACACUAUUGGCCAAGAGGAAAUCGUUAUUUGAUGAUAAAUCUGUAGAGAUUCAAGAACUCACAUACAUCAUCAAACAGGAUAUCAAUAGUCUAAACAAACAAAUUAGCAAAUUACAGCAGCAUGUCAAAGGAAGUUCACAAAAUGGCCGUCACAUGCAAUCACAUUCAAAUACUGUGGUUCUCUCGCUUCAGUCUAGAUUAGCCAACAUGUCCAAUUCAUUCAAAAAUGUUCUAGAAGUUCGAACUCAGAAUUUGAAGGAGCAAAAAUCAAGAAGAGAGCAAUUUUCAUCUAGUAAUACGCCAUCAUCAGCUCGAUCAAGUUCAGUACUGGAUGAGCAGCAGUCAAACGGUCACAUGACCAUCGACAUGGGUGGACUGGACGGACCAAGACAUAGAGGGCAGCAGCAGUCCAUGCAGAUGGUGGAACAGCAAGAUAACUACAUCAAGAACCGAGAGGAGACGAUGCACAAUAUUGAGAGUACCAUUGUAGAACUGAGUGGUAUCUUCCAGCAGCUUGCCCAUAUGGUCAAAGAACAAGAAGAGCAAGUUCAAAGGAUUGACGGCAAUGUUGAUGACACAGUAGCGAACGUGGAGGCGGCCCACAGUGAACUCUUGAAGUAUUUCCAGUCCGUCACGUCUAACAGGUGGUUGAUGAUCAAGGUAUUUCUCGUUCUCAUCGUUUUCUUCAUAGUCUUCGUGGUGUUUGUGGCUUGAUGUUUGACAGCUCGUCCUCUUCCGGGAUUGCUUUACGUCGCUGUUCUUACUCAGCCAGUGCCUUGGAUUUCUAUUGAAGCAAUUUAAUUUUGAUUUAAAAAAAAACAACCUUUGAUAUGAGACACUGGAUAUUUCUCUCGUAAACACAUUGUUCAUGUGUAACAGUGCGGAGGAAUGUGAAGAGGAGAAUGUGAUAUUGAAGGGAUAUCAGGAUGAGAUUCACUUGUUUAACUCGUUGCCUCUCAGAACUGGUUGGUUGCUGCAUGAGAGCCCUAGAAAGGGAUUCAAUUGGACUGAAAGCCAUACAGCGUUGGAGGAUGAAAUAUGGGAGCGACCGAUUACUAAUCCUAUAAAUAGUCAAGUACACAGACAUUCAUUACAUCAAGCAAGUUCCUUAGAGACGUAGUCUGCAU